GAACUGAGCCUCUACUUUAGUCAAUCCUCUUUGGUUACUCCCGCCAUUUUUCGAGAGCCGAGUACGCAGCGGUACAGCGCAUCGAUCUAAUAUGGCGGUCAAUUCUCCGGUUGUGACGUAUGAGCUGGUUGCCAUGGAAAUGCCAUUAUUUAGACAUGGCGUCUGAGCAGUGGCUGAGUGUUCUGCAGAAAGCAAAAAAAACAGCAAUUAUUCAAGACGGAAAACGAAAGGUACAUUUUCUGUUGGAGGACGGCAGAGAACUUGUUGAGGAAUAUAACCUAGAGACAAAUGUUGUGACGAGAAGGGCAUGGAGAGAAAAAGGAAAACUGGGACAGGAUGUUGGUUGGACAGUGGAAAUUGGUGAUCCGGAGCCCAGAAAAGAGGAUAAUCUCGAAAUCAGUGGUAUUCGAGAGAGUUCAUCUGCUCCCAUUCUGUCGAGGAGAAUCACGAAGACAGGUCUGGAAUGGAGGAUAAGAAACCUUCCGUAUCCCAAAGAGGUUUAUUCAGUAACUGCUGAUAAUGAUGGAACACUGACUAUUCGGACGACUAAUAAAAAAUACUUUAAGAAGCUGAACAUUCCAGAUUUAGAGAGAAUUGCCUUGAAGCCUGAACAGGAGAGAAUUUCCUUCACACAUCAGUUCAAUACUCUGGUCAUAACGUACCAGAAACCCCCGGCUCUUCUGGAUAUGGAAAAGAAGAUUCUCAGCGAAGUGAUGAGUCUCAAAGCCUCGAAGGAAGGAGAUGUGCAAUGUCCAACGAGUUAAUUAAUAAAAUUUCAUGCUUUCCGCUAUCGAUGAGUCGUCGAUUUAUUGAAGGAAUUAUAUUCGAUUUGACACAACCCAGGGACGGGCACAAUACCAAUCUAAUAAUAUUUAUUCGACACCCUGAAUUUAUAAGAAAUAUAUCAAUGAUUUAUGAAUUUUAAUCAUUUAUGUCUCCAGAAGGGAGGAGAUUAAUAGUACAUCUACACAAGCAGAUAUCCUACAAGAUUAAGUGACUUCAAGUAUAGAAAUUCAAAAGGUGGAAUCUAGAUCGCGAAUUAUAUGGCAGGGGAAAUUUUUUAAAUAGUGGUGUUGUAGCCAUUUAUAAGAGUUAAGAAAGAUGAAGAGUUUAUUCGAAAUAAAAUGAGGGAAAAGAAAUUAUAA